UACACCAACUUUAUAUAAACUCUUAUCCAAACUCUUCAACAUACAGGAACAGAGAACAAGCAAACACAUUAGCAUUUCGAAGAGGGAAAAAAAGCGAAGUGAUAAAAAUGAAACCAGUAGCCGAUAAAAAGGAAGAAAAGAAAGCCCCCGUGGUGAUCCGAGCAGUUAGCCGCGACGAAGAAGGUGGAAAGAAAGUUAAGAAGACGGAAGUGCCCUCUCGGAACAUUGCCACCAUUAUGUACGUAGAGAGGAUGUUGGAGGACAAAGGGUUGCAAAGGAUGGAUCGACACCCGACUAAUGGGAUUGGGAUUGGUAGGCUACCUCCAAAAUCAGGUCAUGGCGGGAAGUACACGUGCGAAGGACCUGAUGACGUGGCGGAGAACGUGCUGACGCCGGUGCCUGCGGCUAUUGAUGAGAAGGAUCCUAACUAUGUGGAUGAGGAGGAAGAAGAGAGGAUUUUGAGGGGUGAAAAGAGCGACGUGGCUGGGCUUGUGGUUGGUGAAGUAGAAGUGGUUAAGACUGCUGAGGACCGAGAAGGGGUUGCUAGAGUUGAGGUUGAUCCUCACUUGAAGGUUAAUUAAUUCAUAUGUUGCUUUUCUUAUGAGCUUUUUUG